AUACAAAAUCUCCUCUCAACAUAAUUAACAAUUAAAUAAAAAAAAAAAAAAUAUAUAUUUCAUCUCUCCCUUUGAUUCCAUCAAUGGCUUCACAAAAGCUAGAUUCAAUCAUGUUAAUGUUAACCAUUGUAACAACCAUGACUUUGAUGAAUGUUAUGAUUGUAAGAGCAAAAACAUGGUGUGUAGUUAGGAGCAGUGCUAGUGGCCCACCACUACAAAAUGCAUUAAAUUAUGCAUGUGGAAAUGGAGCUGAUUGUGGUCCUAUUCAACCUGGUGGAAGUUGUUAUUACCCAAAUACCCUUCAAAAUCAUGCUUCUUAUGCUUUCGACAGUUAUUAUCAGUCCAAGAAUCAAGCCCCUGGUUCUUGUUAUUUUGGUGGCCUUGCAAGUAUUGCUGUGACCGAUCCAAGCUUUGGACGAUGUCAAUACCCAUAUUCUCGAAGGAACAAAUCUUCUGACAUGAAUGAAAGAUCGAUUGAUUACAAUCCAUAAAAAAUAUGAGUCAAUGUAUAUAUUUUGGCUAUGUAAUGUUUAUAUUAUUAUAAGAAUUAUUAAAUAAUAACUAGUCAUGAGUUAUUAAUAUCUUA